CCUUUGCAUUAAGUUUAUUCUUCUCGAGUGCUCCAUUGAAAACUGAAAAUUUCCUAAUAGCAGCACUAAUUCUAAACGAGGCUUGAUCAAUUCCUUUCUUUGAAGAUCGUUAAUGUUGUUCUUGAAUCUUCGAUAGCUGGUGAAGUAAGAAGUAAAUAUCAUAGAGGGAAAAAAGAAAAAAACAGAGAAAAAAAAUUGAACAAAUGCAUUACUGGGUUCGAGCUUUUGCUUCUGAUUUCUCUGGAACUCCUCCCCAGCCUCGAAGUGGUCACACCGCUGUUCCAAUCGGAAAAUCCAAGAUCGUUGUGUUUGGUGGUCUUCUCGACAAGAAAUUCCUUAGUGACAUCACUGUUUAUGACAUCGAAAGCAAACUAUGGUUUCAGCCAGAAUGUACUGGAAAUGGGUCAGAUGGACAAGUUGGUCCCAGCCCACGAGCAUUUCAUGUUGCUGUUGCAAUUGAUUGUCAUAUGUUUAUCUUUGGUGGUCGUUCUGGUAACAGAAGGUUAGGCGACUUUUGGGUCCUAGACACUGAUAUAUGGCAAUGGUCAGAGUUAACAAGUUUCGGUGACCUUCCUUCAUCACGGGAUUUCUCUGCUGCUUCAGCUAUUGGAAAUCGAAAAAUUGUUAUGUAUGGUGGUUGGGAUGGUAAAAAGUGGUUGUCAGAUGUAUAUAUCUUGGACACAAUAUCGCUCGAAUGGAUGGAGCUAUCAGUUACUGGAUCACUACCACCACCUAGAUGCGGCCACACAGCUACUAUGGUUGAGAAAAGGUUGCUUGUCUUUGGUGGCAGAGGUGGUGGUGGGCCAAUCAUGAGUGAUUUAUGGGCUUUGAAGGGUCUUAUUGAAGAAGAGAACGAAACACCCGGAUGGACCCAAUUGAAGCUUCCAGGUCAAUCGCCUUCUCCCCGUUGUGGACAUACGGUCACAUCCGGAGGGCACUAUCUCUUGCUAUUUGGAGGACAUGGAACUGGUGGUUGGCUAAGUCGCUAUGAUAUUUACUAUAAUGAUUGUAUUGUUUUGGACAGAUUGUCUGCUCAGUGGAAGCGCCUACCUAUUGGAAAUGACCCCCCUGCUGCUCGAGCAUACCAUUCUUUGACUCACAUAGGUUCUCGCUAUUUGUUAUUUGGCGGUUUUGAUGGCAAAUUAACUUAUGGGGAUAUAUGGUGGUUGGUUCCUGAAGGGGACCCAAUUGCAAAGCGGUUUAUUGAGUCCCCACCAAAAAAUAUUCCUGAUAAUAAGGGCAUGGCUGCAGAAAGUAUCCAAUCUUCUUUCAAGGAAAGCCGAAGAGAAAAUGAUACAAUUUCAGAAUUGCAAAGAGCGUUAGGAAUUUCAGUUUCACUCUCGAGUCCUGUGCUUCAGAUAAUAGAUGAGUCUGAAGACAAAGAAUUCAUUGAACUAGGAUCAAGGUUGAUUGGAGAAAGAGUUCCUAGUAACAACCAGGGUUUGCUCAAUCAGACAAUUGAGUUGCUUCGUGAUCAUUGGCGGAGAUCUACGCCAAGUUCAAUACCACUGAAGGAGCUUGGACCUUUGCUUCGUGACUAUCAACGACUGAUUUCGCGUCAUCAUUUAGCAAAUAGUGGAUCUGAUUUUCAGUCUAUUGAUUCAUGGUUAUCGGGAAAAGAAGCUUACAAGUUUUAUCACUUGAAAAAUGUUUCUCAGCUACGGAUGAAUGAUAUUCCGAAACUGCUUGCUGAAUACAAAAAGAUUCUACCUGAGCAAAACGCAUCUGGCCCGAGAGCUGGAUUCGAGGAACAAGUUUUGUGAAAAAGAUAAGUUUGAUAUAAGGCAAACAAAAUAGAAAUGAAUGACAUUAGGGUUUCAAGUUUCAUUUCUGUGGAUAUCACUUCGAUUUUAUGUUCAUGUGACCAGUUUUAACUUGAACAAGAUAUGUUUUAUUAAACCAUAAAAAUAAUAACACAUUUAAAUAUGAAUGGUGCAUGCUUUAGAUU